AUGUCCCAAUGUUCUGGGAAUGAUGCACCCAUCAGCAAAGGGGAUAAGUUGAACAAGCAGCAGUGUUCAAAGAAUAACCUUGAGAGAGACUCUAUGAAGGACAAGCCCUAUACUUCAGCCAUGGGAAGCUUGAUGUAUGCACAGGUGCGCACUCGACCUGACAUCACAUUUGCAGUUAGCGUGCUUAAGAGGUUCCAGUUUGAUGCAGGAUUGGCUCAUUGGAUUGCAGCUAAGAAAGUAAUGCGAUACCUACUGAGGACCAGGGAUUUCAGGCUAGUCUAUAGAAGCGAUGACAGACUUGAAGUGGUUGGAUACUCAGAUUCAGGUUUCAGUGGUUGUAUUGAUGACAUGAAGUCAACUUCAGGUUAUGUCUUCUUGAUGGGUGGAGGUGCAGUUUCAUGGAAAAGUGUCAAGCAGAGGAUCAUUACUUCAUCUACCAUGCAGGUGGAAUUUGUGGCAUUGUUUGAGGCAACCAAGCAGGCAGUAUGGCUGAGAAAUUUUAUUACAGAACUAAAGGUUGUUGACUCCAUCUCGAAACCUUUAAGGCUAUGGUGUGACAACAACUCUGCAGUCAUCUUUUCAAAGAACAACAAAAAGUCCAACAGCUCAAAGCAUAUUGAGAUAAAGUAUCUUCUUGUCAGAGAGAAGGUAACUGAAGGGGAGGUUGAUGUUAUACACAUCCUUACUGAGAAGAUGGUGGUUGAUCCUCUCACUAAGGCUCUUUCAGUGGGAGUUUUCAGGGGUCAUGUUACUAGCAUGGGACUUAUAGAGUAUUUUGAUAUAUUUGUUUAG